AUGGUGGCAUCGAUUGCUUGAUUCACAUCGCCGGAAAAGCGGGAAAUACAAAGGAAAUGCAGACCUUUCCAAGCUCAAGACAUCAACUUUGCCACAUCACCUCUGACACCAGUUCCGGGAGUAACCAGACACACAGCACCCACAGAGAGCCCCCAGCUCCAUCUGCGAUAUGAUGGAACGUCUAUCCACACACCUGUCGCUCACCGGCCUAUCGCUAGCCCAUCCACUUCAGAGUCACCUGAGCUCCGUGAGCUCCGGCAGCGGAUCGCACCACCUCGGACAACUGGCAGCGGCCGUCCAGCAGCACCACCAGCAGGCCGAUCAGAGCCACACCCACGCCCACCACCUGCACGGUCAGCAGUUGGCGCUGGGCCAUCAGCACCAGCAAUCGCAGCAGCAGCACCAUCAGUGCAGCAGCAACAGCAGCAACGGCUCGCCGAACGGAUCGAGUGGUUUGAGCGGCCUGCAUCCCCACUCGGCCCUGCAUCUGGCCCACCACCACUCCCAGCUGCACCAACACCAUCAGGCAGGACAGCAGCAGCAGCAACAGCAGCAGACAUCGUCCUCCCACAGUCAGCCGGCGGUGUCGUCUGCCUCGUCCCACCACAGCCACAGCCACAGCCAGGCUCAGUCGUUGCACCAGCCCCACAGUAACGGCAGCUCGCACCUGUCUGCAGGUGGGGCUGCCUCUGGUAGCAAUCACCACAGCAGUGCCGCACACCACGGAUCCGCGUCCAGUGCAUCGAGCAGCGUGAUGGCCGCCGCAGCCGCCGCCCAUCUGCACCACAACUCACAGGCCUCGCCCAUCAGCAACCUGCACCAGAAUAUGGGCACCCUCAUGAACAGUGGCAGCAGCGCCAGCGAUGUAUUCUUCAGCCUGAUGAUCCAGAACACAACGAAGCGCCAGAACGAGGAGCACAUCAAACGUCCGAUGAAUGCUUUUAUGGUCUGGUCGCGUCUGCAGCGGCGUAAAAUAGCUCAGGAUAAUCCCAAAAUGCAUAACUCUGAGAUAUCCAAGAGGCUGGGUGCAGAGUGGAAGUUGCUUACUGAGGAGGAGAAACGUCCGUUUAUCGAUGAGGCCAAACGUUUGAGGGCCAUGCACAUGAAGGAGCAUCCGGACUACAAGUACCGCCCGCGACGAAAGCCCAAAGCCCUGAGACGCGACGGUUAUCCAUAUCCGAUGCCAUAUCCAUCGGUGCCCGUGGAGGCGUUACGUGCCGGCAUUUCGCCCGGUUACUUCGCUCCCGGUCCCACAGCGGCUGCAUAUCACCUGGGCAGCCAUCUCGGCCAGACAUCGACGCCGACCACGACGCAGGCCACCCUCUCAGGACAGAUGGACAAGUUUGCCCUGGAGAGGAGCUCGUAUCUGAGCAACGCAAUGAGCAAUGCCGGCAGCCAGGCGAGUGCCGCUGCCUACAGCGCCUACCUGGACCCCAGUGUGCUGACCAAGGCCUACUUCGACUCCAAGAUGUACCAGGAUCGGGCAGCCAACUAUGCCUUCGACAUAUCGAAGAUCUACGGAGCCCAGCAGCAUGCGGCCGCCCAUCACCAGCAGCAGCAGCAACAGCAGCAUCAGCAGCAGUUGCUAAUGGCAGGCGGUGGAGGUGGCGGUGGAGGCGGAGGAGGAGGAGGCAGUGCCAGCUCCCACAACAACAACAGCAGCAGCGGACUGGACGAGCGCGACGCCACGCCCCAGCUAGAAGGUGGCGGCAGCAUCGUGGUGGAGGCCAAACCCCAUCUGCACUCGCCCAGCGACGUGGGUCUGGACUACGCGCAAUACGCCCAGCAGUACGGAGGACAGCUAGCCAGUGCUGCGUCCGUGGGGGCUGGGGGAGUGGGUGGAGUCGGUGUCACGGCAUCGGCUGGUGGGGCAGCAGGUGGCGGUGGAGCAGGUGCAGGCGCGGACUUUCGACGGCCUCUGACGGUGAUCUUCUGACCACCAUCCUCCAAUGGCAGCGAGGAGUUGAAUUUGUCUAUGACUUAGGGAAGAUCGAGGAAAUAUCCGAAAACGGCAAACCGAAAAACGAGAGAUUAAAGUUAAACGUAGCCAACAUUUACCGUUAAGUCAGUGAAAGGAAAGGAGACAGCUAUUAAUCAAGAGAGAGAGGGAGAGAGAGAGCGAGAGCGAGAACGAGAGGG